UUCAGUUUGUAUCGCGCAACUUUGAACGCUCUGACGCCAGUGUCGAAGCCAGUGGCUUUAGCAACGAUAGUUUCUUCGCGCCCUGUAGAUAAUUUUGCUGGCGAUCCUCGCCUCGAUCGUCGUUCGCACUUUAGUGUGGCAUAUGUGAGUGUGCAGUUUUGGUGACAAUCAUAGUGAUCACCGUCAUUCAUGGCUUGCUAAUUUAUUGGAUGCCUACCGGCUGUAGGUCGACAUUUCGAAGCCGUCUGAUUCUGUUUAUUUCUCGAAUUUCCGCCUGCUUCGAUCGGGCCUGCUUCGAUUCUACGGUGGGGUCGUGAGAAAAUAACCAAGUGAACGAAUUAAAUUGUUACUUUUAUAGCGCCGUCGUGUUCGUGGUACCGUCCGACCACAAACCAGAGAAAUAAAAGGCAGGAGCGAAACAGAAAAAAAAAUUGCCGUCGGCGAUUCGGUGACAGGUGAUUGUUUUUUGUCUGAGAUUUUCGGAUGCUGCAACGUUUUGGUGUGUGGUGAACAGAAGAAGAACCCACGUGCGAUUCUCUCAAGUGGUACUUCUGGUAAUGAACUAGUGCUAAACCGAAAGUGGUGAUUGCGACCGGCACCCGAAAGUGUCCGCGAAGACGACGACGACGACAACCGUAAUUGCAGUGUACGGGCGCCGAUCGCCAAAGCAAAGCAAAAAAAAAAUUAGAGGGGCUAAGAAAUAAGAGCAGAAAUUUUCAAUUCACCAAAAAGGUGAAAUAAUGAGGAUCUGAUGAAGGCGCGCGACGUCGCCAAGAAGAGAAAAAAAUGAUAAUCAAUUUCAGGCAACUGGCUCAUCACCGUCGUCAUCGGUGGGCAAGUGACGACAGUCUCUGACAAGUGGCACGAUUGCAAGUGAUUUGAAGUUUGAAAUUUUUCCUUGCCAAAGGAAACGCGGUACGCGGAGAAAAGAUAUAGAAAUAGGGGGAAAACGAGUGCGAAAGGAAGUUGAAUAAAUUUUGUAUUUUGAAGAAUGAGAAUUCUCAGCGCAGUCUACCGAUUGCCAGCAGUCGGUGGUAUUUCGGCUCUAGCGGUCCGACCACGGCCAAAAACGGAAGAAUAUUGACCUGAUAGGGAAGAAGCAGUGUAUAAUGAAAAUAUUAAUCAACGGUCGGUUUAGGGGAAAAAAAUAACAAGUGAUUAAGAACAAGUGAUGAAUAUCAUCUGGUGUGGAACAAACACAAUUGGCAGAAGAAAAAGUGGUACCGGACGCAGCGGACCUCAAUGCUACCGGAUUAAAGACCAGCAGGAGCGGAAGUAGCCGCAGCAGAGAAGUAGCAGCAGCAGCAAAGCAGUGUUCGCGGCAGUCUCUCUCUCCCCAGUCCAGGGUGGUGGGACUUCCGGUUUUUGUGCUUUUGUGCUUUUCUGUCCCUGCUCGAUAUUGUGCAUAUUGCCCUUUUAAGAGUGUUUACUACUGUGACCGGUGUUUUGGUCCCCCCCCCAUCCCUCUUGUGUGUGUGUGUUGGGGGUUUUAGUGCGCGCGUGAGUGUGUUCGCGGAAGAGUGGAACGCGCGUGUGUGUGUUCGCGACAGACGCUGAAGAUGGGCAUCAUUGGAAUGCACAUACGGACUGGAGUCGUCGUUAUCCUACUAACUACUGUGAUCUCAUUGGUUUCCUCGUCGGGCUUCUUCGAGAUGCAAAUUCUGGAGAUAGCCAACACCAACAGCCAUCUACUGUCCGGAUACUGCUGCGGUCUGCCGGCGGACAAGCAGCAAACCCAAACGACCGGAUGUCCGGCAUGUUCAACGGCGUUCAGUUUGUGCCUGAAGGAGUACCAGGGCACGACGUCCAGUGCCCAGCAGCAGCUGCUGCUGAAAAGCGGUGGCCAGCAGACAGGCGGCGUCAUCAUCGGCGCUGGAGGAGGAACCCAUCUGCAGCGGGGGGAAGCCCUGGAACAGCUCCAACUUCAGCAGCAACAACAACAGCAACAGCAGCAGCAACCCUCGGCCAUGUACGGGUGUGCAUUCGGGAAUGCCAGCACCCCGGUGCUGGGAGGUUCGAGCUUUGUUCUGUCCGACUCGGAAGUCGGCCGGGUCACGCUGCCCUUCACGUUCCGGUGGACGAAAUCGUUCACGCUUAUCCUGCAGGCGUUAGACACGUACAACGAGUCCUAUUCAAUAUCCGAUCGGUUGAUCGAGGAAACAUCCUUCUCCGGCGUUAUUCUACCCUCGCACGAAUGGAAUACAUUAGAUCACACGGGGAAGAACGCCCGGAUCACCUAUCGGGUUCGGGUGCAGUGUGCGGACAACUACUACAACACGACCUGUACGACGUUCUGCCGGCCCCGGAAUGACCAGUUCGGACACUAUACCUGCGGCGAACAGGGCAACAAGGUGUGCCUACCGGGCUGGCAGGGCGCCAACUGUGAGAAAGCCAUCUGCAAGCCAGGAUGCGACCAAAUUCAUGGCAAAUGCGAUCAACCGGGGGAAUGCGAAUGUCGUCCCGGUUGGCGGGGGCCUCUCUGCAACGAGUGUAUGGUCUAUCCGGGCUGUCGCCAUGGUUACUGCAAUGGCAGCGCCUGGCAGUGCAUCUGUGAUACCAACUGGGGAGGAAUCCUGUGCGAUCAAGAUCUCAACUACUGUGGCACCCAUGAGCCCUGCAUGCACGGUGGAACCUGUGAGAACACGGCACCGGACCAGUACCGGUGCACCUGUGCCGAUGGGUUGUCCGGAACGCGAUGCGAAAUCGUCGAACAUCCGUGCGCUCCUCAGCCAUGUAAAAACGGUGGCACUUGUGCGCUAACCGGAAGCUACGGUGGCGGCGGAAGUGGUAUCGAUCGGGACAAACUGGACUCCAGCACGACCCCGUCUAUCAUCGUUCGGCGCGGUAUGCGAGGAAUGAGUUCUAUGGGAAAACCGUUCGGCAGAAGUAACAGUGCCAGUCAGGGAGCAGCAGCCAUAGCGGCCCUAUCCGGAACUGCCAACGGUGGCGUAGAAGGAGGAGGAGGAGGAGGAAGUGGACCAGGAAAUGGUUUGGGAUCAACGGGAGCAGGAAUGGGCAGUGAAUCCAAGGAAGCGUUGAAACAUAUUUCGCCACCACAGCCGCUUAAGGAUUUCGUCUGUACCUGCUCACCCGGAUGGACCGGACCGACCUGCGAGAUAAACAUUGACGAAUGUGCCGAGGGACCGUGUCAGAAUGGUGGCACCUGUAUCGACAUGGUCGGACGGUUCCGUUGCGAGUGUCCACCCCAGUGGACGGGCGAAACGUGCAAUUUCGAUGUCGACGAGUGCGAAACCAACGUGGCGUCCGGAUUGGGACCCUGCAUCAACGCCGAAUCCUGCAGGAAUCUGCCUGGUUCGUUCCAAUGCAGCUGCCUGGAGGGCUGGGGUGGUCCAACGUGUGCACAGAAUCUAGACGAUUGUGUGGGCAGGUGCAAAAAUGGUGCCACCUGUAUCGACCUGGUCAACGAUUACCACUGCGCCUGCGCAGUUGGCUAUACGGGUCGUGACUGCAGCACCGAUAUCAACGAGUGUGUGAACUUUCCGUGCCGCAACGGGGGCGAGUGUGUCGAUCUGAUCGGCAACUUCAAGUGCAUCUGUCCGCUCGGCUACUCCGGGACCCUGUGUGAGGAAGCGAAGGAUCAUUGCACUUCGUCACCAUGCAUCGAGGGCCGCUGUCUGAACACUCCCGGUGGUUACUACUGUCACUGUCCUCCGGGACGAGCCGGGAGGCAUUGCGAAUUCCUCCGGACACCGUGUCAAUCUCCACCCUGCUCGAACGAUGGCUGCACCAUGCCCAUGACGAAUGAGUCCUCGACUAAUCCGGUGGCCGUUAUGGUUCCGUGCAGUGGCCGUGGGAAAUGCGAAUCCGGUCCUCACGGAUCGAGUUGCCUCUGUCAGAGCGGGUUUACCGGGAUCUUCUGUCAGCACAAUGUCAACGAGUGCAUAUCGAAUCCGUGCAAAAACAGUGGAAUCUGCAUCGACGGUGACGGUGAGUUUAGCUGUGAAUGCCCGGUUGGUUGGACCGGACGGACCUGUUCCGAGCGAGCGAUUCAGUGCCUGCCGGGUCAAUGUCUGAACGGUGGAUCCUGCAUCCAAUCUCCGAUAUCGGGAAUAGCGCAGUGCCGCUGUACGCUCGGUUGGGGAGGACCAUUCUGCAACGAACCGACGGAUCAGUGCCAGGGGCAACCGUGUCAUAACGGCGGAACCUGCGAGUCCGGUCCCGGGUGGUUCCGUUGUCUGUGUGCUCGUGGUUUCUCCGGACCGGAUUGUCGAAUCAACGUAAACGAAUGUUCACCUCAGCCGUGUCUCGGCGGAGCUACCUGUAAGGAUGGGAUCGGUGGAUUCACCUGUAUUUGUCCGGUUGGACGAAGAGGCGUUCGCUGCGAAAUUCUACUCUCGGACCCCUCGUCAGUGUGUUCGAACACCACAACCAACUCGCCGUACGAUCCGCUAGUCAAUCGGGACACGCCUACUGUGAUCGACGAAAGUAACUGCAACUCGUGCGUUUGUGCCAACGGAAAACCACGCUGCUCGAAUCUUUGGUGUGGACUGAAGAACUGUCUCAACCGGAACCUUUCCGGAAGUUCAUGCGAGUCGCAUCAGGUUUGUGUUCCAGCUGCCCAGGAGAGCUGCCUGUCACCGCCUUGUAUUCCCCGCGGAGAUUGUCGUACCUUCGAACCAUCGCGACGAGUUGCUCCUCCUAGAAUUCCGGCACCGAUCGAUUGUUGGCCUAAUCAGGCAACUUUGGGAUCGCAAUGUGCUCGAAUCUCGAUACUUUUGGAACUUAACCGGCUAACGCGCGGCACCUCCGUCGAUGGGUUGUGCCACGUUCUGAGGUUACAACUCGGCGAAAAACUGAUAAAAAAUCCCUCCUUCGAUGUCUCCGUGUUCAUCGUGGUCAUGUGUGACCUCAAAGUGGGAACCAACGACACAAUCGAGGUGACUCUGUCAACACCAACGGAUAGCAGCACCGGUUCGAGUUCCCUGUCGGAAGUGGUUCGUCUACUGGCGGAAAUACUAUCCCGGCAGCAGGGCAUCCAAAACGAUUCCUUCCAGACGGACAUCACGGAGGCGGCUCCGCUCACUUCGAUCCUCGAGGUGAAGGUGGAAACCGCACUCAUCAACGAAGCCAGUAACGAUUCCAACUACUUGAUCGCGUUCGGAUUCGGAAUUGCCAUAGUCGCUCUGUGUCUGGGAGCGUUUGUGGCUUUGGUUUGGCGACAGAAGGUCCAGAGCCAUUCCGGUUCCGGUAUGAAUCUCACUCCCCACCUGGAUCUGUCCCGAGGUCACGAGGAGGAAAAGAGUAACAACCUGCAGAACGAGGAAAACUUUCGGCGGUACGCAAAUCCGCUGAAAGGCAGUGCCAGCUCGCUUCGAGGUGCCAUGGAGCUGAGCUUGAAUCCGGCCCCGGAAAUCAAUCAGAUCGCCGGUCCAAGCAGUGCCCUGCACCGAUCUCAGCAGCUGUACCCAAGCUGCGGCCCGGAAGUCACCGAGUACGAGAAGGAUCCGGACAAGCAGAAAGCCGCCAACCGGAACUCGCACAUCCUGCUGCACAAAACGCAGAACGCCGAUGUCACCAAGAACAUCGUCAGUUCGAUCGAAAGCCAGCACAAAGACUUCGGCAAGCGAAGCAUCAAUGAUCACACGGCACCCGUUAGUGCCCAGCCUACUACGAUACCGGCCGGAGCGGUCGUUGUCGUUAGCACCGUACCGACGGCUCCUAGCAGUACGGCCCCGGCGCCGCUUGCUAUGCCCGAAUCCGAUGUUCUCACUGUACAUGUGUAAGUGAAAAAUCUGUUUUAUUUCUUCGCUUAGAUCUAGGUCGCGUUACAUCGAAAAUAUAACAACAGUAAAACAAACAAAAAAAAACAACACUCAGUCGAGCAACGAAACUGAACGAAAGCGAGAUUCUCAUUUUUAUAGGACUAUAUUUUAACGAAGAAAAACAAACAAACAAACAAAAAAAAACAAAACUUAUUUAUUUGCCUUCCUCAGAAACUUAGACUACUUUGUUGAACUCGUCUACUAUUUGUAAAUAUAGCAAAUCUUAUCCUUAGGAAGUGACACGAGAGAAAGAGAGCGAGCGCGCGCGCGAUUUGUGCAAUGCAAUGACAAAUUUUUUUAGAGUAAACAAACAAACAAAAAGUAGCUCCUCCCGGGUUUUGCGGGUGAGGUGACUGAAAUUUCCGUACUUUUCGUCCUGCUGGGUGGAUAUGCCGUGGUUCGUAUCCCGGCAAAACGCCUGUGGGAUGCGAUUUAACUGUGUAACUUUUUUUUUUCGAGGCGGACGACCGCGAUUCCAGCACAAGUGUACAGUUAAAUGUAAUGUGAUAUUAAGUAAGGAGAAGUAGUAGUUUUUAGGCGAAAAUAGGAACCGGAACGACUCAUACAUAAGAAGAAGAACAAAACACCUACACAUUCCAGUGAAAUAUUUAAAACAAAUGACUUAAGCGAAAGCGCGAAGCAUAGCGAGAAACUAAUUCUUUACAUUUAAAGAUGAAAAAAAAAACAGUAGAGCUAAAACUUACUUCUCUGUCGAUGGAAGUAGCAGGUAGCAUUUCCUGGGCCAUCUGUAAUAAAAAUGGUGAACGAAAAAAAAAACAGAUUAGGUAGGGCACAUAUUUUUUUCUUUUGACAGAUAAACGAUAGAUUGCACACUAAUUUAAUUCUAGCCUUAGACGCAGCAAACGCAUCCAGUUCUUUGCCUAGUAAAGUAAUUAUUAUUGAAUGACAGUGAAAAAAAAAACUACAUAAAAUAGUUCCUUGUUUUUAGAUAUGCUCGAUUUUAUGUAAAAUAUACAGACUUUUUAGCUUACGAUGUACAUUUCACAGCAAAACAGCCCGGCCUUUGAUAGUGAAACAUACUCAAACAAAACAAAAAAGCACAAAUCAACAAACACACACACACAUAUACAUACACGAAGCGAAAUGUAGAUAUAUUUGUUUCUUUUUUGCAUUGGUCACGGAUGGAUUAGUUUUUCUGUGAUGCAAUUUUAUUCCAGUGUACGACAACGAAUAGCCGAGCAAAUUGUUUUUCUCUACUUCAAACGAAAAAAAAAAUAAAACUCGAACGAUAAACGGAUAACCGUUGUAAAUACCGACAGUGUAAAAAGCCGCAAUUUUUGCUAGGAUUACAAUUUAUUUUCUUGUUUAAGGUAGUAAGCAAAUGUAGAGCAAACGAGAGGUAGAAGAAGAAGAAGCAGGAGGAGAAGAGCUGGAGCCGAACUAACUAAUUGUAAUAUCGUUUUACUUCGCCCAAUCCCAGAGAGUACAUGGUACUUAAAAAAAAGACGGCUUCGAAAUACGAGAAAAUGUUCAAGAAAAAUUAAGCAAAACAAAAAAAAAACAAGAAACACACUCACGAAUAAAAGAGCAAUA